UGUGCUGCAGGGGCGCAUCUCCACUUCAUCUACCCAGCUCUAAUUCUAUGAGCAACAUCCUUCACAAUCUCUCCAUUCUCAUGAAUAAUUCGCCUAGUAUAUAAGAAAUGGUCAUUUUGGGGUACUUAUUGGCCAUCAAUCUUAACUAAUUCCUCGGUUCUACUGCUAUUUUUAGUAAAAUUGCAUUUGAUAUACUUUUUUUUUUUUUUAACUGGCUAAUUUUAAUACUUUAGAUUCUAAAGCAUUCCUCCAUAGUUCUAACUUUGUGUUUAACCCCUCCUUUGUCUCUUCAAUCAAAACUAUGUCAUCUGCAAACAAUGUACGGCAUGUGACCUCUCCCUGUAAACCUAGUAAGCUCGUCCAUAACCAGUGGAAAAAUGAUAGGGAUUGAGCAUUGAACCUUGUGUCUCCAUUAGUGAAUUUACCACUCCCUUGUACCUACUUAAUCAUGUCAAUAUAUCCUUUUGAGACUCAUUUCUUUCCCAACCCCUGCCAGAUUAUCUCCAUAGGAACCCUAUCACAUGCUUUCUUUGAGUCGAUAAAGAUCAUGUAGAUAUCCUUUCUCCUCUGCCUAAACUUCUCCAUCACCUGUUGAACUAUGGUCCAUUGACUUGGUGGCCCACAACAACCUUCAUCUCAUCAGACCUGUGGCACAUGUAUAGGGGAGAUUGUAGGUAGGGAGAAGGGAAGUGUUGGGGACUUGCAAGAGUGCAAGUAAGAAGGAGAAACUUGAGGAAAUGGGAUUCAACCCGAUCCUUUUCAAUUCAAAUGACCCUGAAUCGAGAAGCCUGAACUCUCUACAGGAUGUAACUCAUCUCCUCAUCUCCAUACCUCCCAUUCCGGGCCUUGGUGAUCCUGUGCUUUGUCUGCAUCAAGACCUUUUAAGAAGUAAACUAGGCAAUGGGUAUCUUCAAUGGCUGUGUUACUUAUCAUCAACAAGUGUCUAUGGAGAUUGUGGUGGUGCGUUGGUGGAUGAGGAUUAUCCCAUUAAUGCAAUGAGGGAGCCAGCCAAAGCAAGGUUAGCUGCCGAGAAAGGAUGGCUGGAUCUAGGCCAUGAUCUUGGAGUCCCAGUAAAUAUCUUUCGGCUGGGGGGUAUUUAUGGUCCUGGGAGAAGUGCUGUUGAUACCAUUAUCAAACAGGAGUCAUUAUCAAACGAUCAGAAGAUGAGGGAGUCCAGGCAUUACACUGCAAGAAUUCAUGUCGCUGACAUAUGCCAAGCACUCAUGGCCAGCAUCGACAUACCAUCAUCAGGGGGAAUAUAUAAUGUUGUUGAUGAUGACCCGGCCCCACGUGCUGAAGUGUUUGCGUUUGCCCGGGCCUUGAUUGAGAAAAGAUGGCCUGGACAGAUCAAAGAAAGCCCAACUCCAGAUAACGUGGAUUCAAUCAUCAGGAAGAAAAAUACAAGGGGUGAGAAGCGAGUCUCCAAUAACCGGGUUAAGAAGGAAUUGGGAGUGACUCUUCUUCAUCCGACAUACCAUUCAGGGCUGCAGAGCAUUGUUGAGUCCAUGGAGAACCCAUUUCAGUAGCUCUCUACAUACAGCAUCUCCACUUUUAACAGUCAAAGAGCACCGUUUGCUUUUACCGCGGCUCAGGAUCUGAGUGUGUUGCCACCUACUGGGGCCCACAAGCUGAGGUCUGAUGUUUUGAACUGUCCGUAUUAUCUAUACUGAAAUAAAUAAGCUAUUACCCUAUAAUCGCACUUCAGUAAUGAUCUACCUUUGAUUCUUAGAGGUGAAUGCAUUGUGUACAAAAUUCAUCUACAGAUAGUGAUGGUUACAAUAUGUUUCUUAUCAAUGCCAUUACAACACAGUCUACAACUUGGACGGUUCUGAUCAUCUGACCACUCAGCAUGUGGGCUGCCAAGUUGGCAGCUGACCAACGCGAACACAGGCAAAUUAUGUAAGCUAUUUUUUUUUUUUUUGGUGAAGAGUAAGCAAUAUGAAUCAUAUAAGAAAAGAAACCCAACAAUGGUCUACAUUCAACUGACAAACGGCCAAUGAUCGGAUGGCUAGGAUUUACAAUUGGUCCCA